AGAAAAAAGAAGAAAAAAAGUACCUAGUCAGCGGCAGGAGGAGAGAAAUACGGUGAUGCUUCCGACAAAGCUUAUAGCCCAUUCAUUUACCGGUCAACAAAUAUAUUAACCGAUCAACUUUCCUUCUUUUCUUCUUUCCUCUUCUCUUCUCCCUUAACCAAAUCAAACUUCUUUCAAUCUCACCGGAGAGAGAAUAAACACCAACCAAUCAUGCCGGCGACCGAUAAUCAAGGCUCUUUCCUCAACCUCAUUAGCAUCCGCCGCAACCAGCUUCCUUCCAUCGAAACCGAUCAAGAAUUAGAGGAUCUCGAUCUUUUCCAGAAACACGUCGCCAUCCGCUUCUCCGAUAUUCUCUCCUCCCUCUCCACCACCGCCCCGGCAGCUAAUAAUGCCAGCACCGCCGGCUCCGGCGAUACCCCUUCCUCCGCCACCGCUGACACCGACUCCCCCGGCGCCGCGGCGCCGGCAAUAGACAAGUACAUCCCGCCUCCUCCGCCGCCGUUCCUGUCAAUCAACUGGUUCCGCACGCUCCUCGACACGUUCCUCUGCUGCGAGGCGGAAUUCAAGGCCGUCCUCGUCUCCGGCCGCGACCCGUCGCAGUUCUCCAAGCCGCCGCUCGACCGCCUGAUCCCUGACCUCCUGGAGCGCGCCGUCAAGGCGCUCGACGUCUGCAACGCCGUCUCCCACGGGGUGGAGCUCGUCCGCCACUGGCAGAAGCUGGGCCAGAUCGCCGCCGCCGCCCUGCAGCAGACCCCCAUCGGCGAGGGCCAGGUCCGCCGCGCCAGGAAGGCGCUCGCCACCCUCCUCACCUCCAUGGUCCUCGACGACAAGGACAACCCCCACGGCAAAUCCGCCGCCGCCGCCAAGGACCGCCGCGGGAGCUUCCGCUCCCUGUCGUGGUCGGUCGCCAAGUCCUGGUCGGCCGCGAAGCAGAUCCAGGCCAUGUCGACAAACCUGGCGGCGCCACGUGGCGCCGAGUCAACCGGGCUGGCGAUGCCGAUAUACAUCAUGAGCAUAAUCCUAGUGUUCGUGAUGUGGGCCCUGGUGGCGGGGGUACCCUGCCAGGAGAGAAACGGGUUGGCGACCCAUUUACCCGUACCGAAACAACUCGGGUGGGCCCAGCCGAUGGGCGGGCUGCUCGAGAAAAUGGGGGAGGAGUGGAAGAAGAAGGAGAAGAAAGGGAGUGGUACUGGAUUGCUGGAGGAGAUUCAGAGGAUGGAGAAGGUGGCUCAGUCGCUUAUCGAUUUCGCCGACUCGUUUGUGUUCCCGUUGGAGGAGGAGAAGGCGGCGGAGAUGGCGGUGCAGGUGGCGGAACUGGCGGAGAUAUGCCGGAAGAUGGAGGAGGGGCUGGUGCCCCUCCAACAGCAGGUUAGAGAAGUUUUCCAUAGGAUGGUGAGGAGUAGGGCUGAGGUUCUUGAAGUUCUUGAGCAAGUUAGCAAAUCUUCUGUGCCGGUUCCUUAUUAAUUUUUACAAAAAAAAAAAAAAAAAAAAAGAAUA